CCGGUCCCGCCCCCUUAACACCUCGCUCCGCCCGCCCCUUCUCUCGGAAAGAUCCAAUCGGUGUGCUUCACCUGCAGCCCCGCCCCGUCCAGCUAGGCUCUGAGGAGUCCCCGACCUUCUCGCGGCCUCAGCCCCGCCCUACCUCCCCCAGACCAAUCAGUUCUGUUCCUCCCCAACCGCGGCCCCGCCCCCUCCACUCGUCGCCUCCUCCACCCAAUCCUGUCUGCCUCUCCCCCUGCGGCCCCGCCCCCUACGCCCCGCCCCUCCCGCCCCGCCCCCCGUCCAAUGCUGAGCUCAGUCUGCGUCUCGUCCUUCCGCGGGCGCCAGGGGGCCAGCAAGCAGCAGCCGGCGCCACCGCCGCAGCCGCCCGAGUCCCCGCCGCCGCUGCCCCCGCCGCCGUCACCGCCGCCGCUGCAGCAGCAGCAGUCUGCGCAGCCCGGCCCCGCCGCGUCCUCGGCGGGCCCCCCGGCACCUCGCGGGCCCGGGGGCCGGCGCGCCGAGCCAUGCCCCGGGCUGCCGGCGGCGGCCAUGGGGCGGCACGGCGGCGGCGGUGGCGACAGCGGCAAGAUCGUGAUCAACGUGGGCGGCGUGCGCCAUGAGACGUACCGCUCGACGCUGCGCACCCUGCCGGGGACGCGGCUGGCCGGCCUGACGGAGCCCGAGGCGGCGGCGCGCUUCGACUACGAUCCCGGCGCUGACGAGUUCUUCUUUGACCGGCACCCGGGAGUCUUCGCCUACGUGCUCAACUACUACCGCACAGGCAAGCUGCACUGUCCGGCCGACGUGUGCGGGCCGCUUUUCGAGGAGGAGCUCGGCUUCUGGGGCAUCGACGAGACCGACGUGGAGGCCUGCUGCUGGAUGACCUACCGGCAGCACCGCGACGCCGAAGAGGCGCUCGACUCCUUCGAGGCUCCGGACCCAGCGGGCGCAGCCAACGCCGCCAACGCCGCCGGCGCCCACGACGCGGGCCUGGACGACGAGGCGGGUGCGGGCGGCGGCGGCUUGGACGGCGCGGGCGGCGAGCUCAAGCGCCUCUGCUUCCAGGACGCGGGCGGCGGCGCCGGGGGGCCGCCAGGGGGCGCGGGCGGCGCAGGCGGCACGUGGUGGCGCCGCUGGCAGCCCCGUGUGUGGGCGCUCUUCGAGGACCCCUACUCGUCGCGGGCCGCCAGGUAUGUGGCCUUCGCCUCCCUCUUCUUCAUCCUCAUCUCCAUAACCACCUUCUGCCUGGAGACCCACGAAGGCUUCAUCCAUAUCAGCAACAAGACGGUGACACAGGCCUCCCCGAUCCCCGGGGCUCCACCAGAGAACAUCACCAAUGUGGAGGUGGAGACGGAGCCCUUCCUGACCUAUGUGGAGGGCGUGUGUGUGGUCUGGUUCACCUUCGAGUUCCUCAUGCGCAUCACCUUCUGCCCGGACAAGGUGGAAUUUCUCAAGAGCAGCCUCAACAUCAUCGACUGUGUGGCCAUCUUGCCCUUCUAUCUCGAGGUGGGACUCUCAGGCCUCAGCUCCAAGGCUGCUAAAGACGUGCUGGGCUUCCUGCGGGUUGUCCGCUUUGUCCGAAUCCUUCGCAUCUUCAAGCUCACGCGCCAUUUUGUGGGGCUGCGCGUGCUGGGCCACACACUCCGUGCCAGCACCAACGAGUUCCUGCUGCUCAUCAUCUUCCUGGCGCUGGGCGUGCUCAUCUUCGCUACCAUGAUCUACUACGCGGAGCGCAUCGGCGCUGACCCCGAUGACAUCCUGGGCUCCAACCACACCUACUUCAAGAACAUCCCCAUCGGCUUCUGGUGGGCCGUGGUUACCAUGACGACCCUGGGCUACGGAGACAUGUACCCCAAGACGUGGUCGGGGAUGCUGGUCGGGGCACUGUGUGCCCUGGCGGGGGUGCUCACCAUCGCCAUGCCCGUGCCCGUCAUUGUCAACAACUUUGGCAUGUACUAUUCGCUGGCCAUGGCCAAGCAGAAGCUGCCCAAGAAGAAGAACAAACACAUCCCCCGCCCCCCGCAGCCCGGCUCUCCAAACUACUGCAAGCCCGACCCUCCCCCGCCACCCCCGCACCACCCCCACCACGGCAGCGGUGGCAUCAGCCCCCCGCCCCCCAUCACCCCACCUUCCGUGGGGGUGACUGUGGCUGGGGCCUACCCACCGGGCCCCCACACGCACCCCGGGCUGCUCAGGGGGGGAGCGGGUGGGCUCGGGAUCAUGGGGCUGCCUCCUCUGCCAGCCCCUGGGGAGCCUUGCCCAUUGGCUCAGGAGGAAGUCAUUGAGAUCAACCGGGCAGAUCCACGCCCCAAUGGGGACCCUGCUGCAGCUGCGCUCGCCCACGAGGACUGCCCAGCCAUCGACCAGCCCGCCAUGUCCCCAGAAGACAAGAGCCCCAUCACCCCCGGGAGCCGAGGGCGCUAUAGCCGGGACCGAGCCUGCUUCCUCCUCACCGACUAUGCCCCUUCCCCUGAUGGCUCCAUCCGGAAAGCCAUUGGUGCUCCCCCACUGCCCCCCCCAGACUGGCGUAAGCCAGGUCCCCCAAGCUUCUUGCCCGACCUCAACGCCAACGCUGCAGCCUGGAUAUCCCCCUAGCGGACGAAUCCCCUCCCCCCGGG